AUGGUGGUAAAUACGGUCCACUGGUUCAGGAAGGGCUUGCGGCUCCACGACAAUCCUUCACUCAGAGAUUCCAUCCAGGGAGCGCACACGGUCCGCUGUGUGUACAUCCUCGACCCCUGGUUCGCCGGAUCCUCCAACGUCGGGAUCAGCAGGUGGAGGUUUUUACUGCAGUGUUUGGAAGACUUGGACGCCAGCCUCCGCAAACUCAACUCACGACUCUUCGUUAUCCGUGGCCAACCCACCGAUGUCUUCCCCAGGCUAUUUAAGGAGUGGAACAUAACACGUCUGUCGUACGAGUAUGACUCCGAGCCUUUCGGAAAGGAGCGAGACGCAGCCAUCAAGAAGCUGGCCAGUGAGGCAGGUGUGGAGGUGAUAGUUCGCAUCUCACACACGCUGUAUGAUCUGGACAAGAUCAUCGAGCUGAAUGGGGGCCAGUCUCCGCUCACGUACAAGCGCUUCCAGACCCUCAUCAGCAGGAUGGAGGCGGUGGAGACCCCGGCAGAGACCAUCACAGCAGAAGUCAUGGGACCGUGCACCACGCCGGUCUCUGAAGACCACGAUGAGAAGUUCGGGGUUCCUUCUUUGGAAGAGCUUGGCUUUGACACAGAAGGCCUGUCCUCUGCUGUGUGGCCUGGAGGAGAAACAGAGGCCCUCACUCGUCUGGAGAGGCACCUGGAGAGGAAGGCUUGGGUGGCCAACUUUGAGCGUCCAAGAAUGAAUGCCAAUUCGCUGUUGGCCAGUCCCACUGGCCUCAGUCCAUAUUUAAGAUUCGGCUGCCUCUCCUGUCGACUCUUCUACUUCAAACUCACAGACCUCUACAGAAAGGUCAAAAAGAACAGCUCUCCACCUCUGUCCCUCUAUGGCCAAUUACUGUGGCGUGAAUUCUUCUACACGGCCGCCACCAAUAACCCACGCUUUGACAAGAUGGAAGGCAAUCCUAUUUGCGUCCAGAUCCCAUGGGACAAAAACCCGGAGGCUUUGGCCAAGUGGGCUGAGGGCAGGACAGGUUUCCCCUGGAUCGAUGCCAUCAUGACACAACUGAGACAAGAGGGCUGGAUCCACCAUUUAGCCCGGCACGCAGUUGCUUGUUUCCUCACCCGUGGAGACCUGUGGAUCAGCUGGGAGGAGGGCAUGAAAGUCUUUGAGGAGCUGUUGCUGGAUGCAGACUGGAGCGUGAAUGCAGGAAGCUGGAUGUGGCUGUCCUGUAGCUCCUUCUUCCAGCAGUUCUUCCACUGCUACUGUCCUGUGGGCUUCGGCCGCCGCACUGACCCCAAUGGAGACUACAUACGGCGUUAUUUGCCAGUGUUAAGGGGUAUCCCAGCCAAGUAUAUCUAUGAACCCUGGAAUGCUCCUGAAAGCGUUCAGAAAGCAGCCAAAUGUAUAAUUGGUGUACACUACCCCAAACCCAUGGUGCAUCACGCAGAGGCAAGCCGCCUCAAUAUAGAGCGUAUGAAACAGAUCUACCAGCAACUGUCCUGCUACCGUGGCUUGGGACUGCUGGCAAUGGUGCCGUCCAACCCUAAUGGAAAUGGUGAGAAUUCCACAAACUUAAAGGGAUUCCAAACAGGAGAUGUGACCAAGGAAGUCACUGCACCUUCAGGCUAUCAGAUGACUCCCACCUCUCAAAGUGAAUGGCAUAGCAAGACGAUGGUUUACUCACAAGGAGACAUCCAAACAAGCAGCAUCAUGCCACCGCAAGGUUUUGCAAGCAUCAGUAGUAGCACUAUGAGCUACAGGCAAGAAUCACAGCAGAUACCUGGUCCUGCUGUACAGCCAGGCCGAGGGCUACACAGCAGCACCCUCCAGACGUCAGGAAAACGACACAGUGACGAGUCUGGUCCUGCCACAUGCUCAAAAGUCCAGAGGCAGAGCAGCUCUUAAACAUCAGAAAUAGUCGAUGCAAAGCAGUUAGCACGACUUCGCAGAGGCCUGAAUUAUUAUUAUUUAUUUUUUUUUGAGUUGUUACGUUUUGCAUUUUUACAGAACCAAAAUCCCACUGACGGGAGCGACUGAAGGGAGUGCAUGAUUCUCUCUAGAAGCACAUCGAAACAAUUAAGACACAACAAUUAAGUACAUUAUCACAGGGACUACACCCAAGCGGUCAGCAACAUCCUGACAACAUUGGAAUUACGUUGUGGCUCUGUGAUCUGCAAAGCUGCAUUGUUCUGUCAACGUGUUCGUGUUUGGACUGUUUGGGACUACAUUUUUGUGUAUAUAAGGAUUUGACAAAUACUUUACAUACAAAAUGUAAAUAUUUAAUAUUGUAUGUGCUUUCUCUAUUUCAUGUAGUCACAGACCCAUUGAUAUAUUUUUGAUAUAAAGAAUUAUUGUGGAUCAAUUUUACUCUCUUCUUUAUGAAAACAUUUGAAAGCAUCUGUAGACUGUCCAUGCAGUACACUGCUAGCCUCUCCUUGGGAUGCUUACUUGCACUACUUUUUUUUUUUUCUUGAUCUCUCCUUCAUUGCUUGCUUGUUCUCUUUCGGUCUUUACCACCAAUGUUUGUGAUCUCUCUCUCUUUUCAGAUUGACAUCGGUCUUGUACACCUUCUCAGGUGGUUCAUCUGGGUAUCUCUCUAUUGCUGUUAACUAUAUGAAACUAUAAGUCAACCCAGUGUUUCUCAUCCUCUCACAUUGUGCUUGUUUAAUAAAGUGUAAAUGUAAA